AAGUGUCCACUCAGCUGCUCUGUGUAACUGAAUGGAUCUGGGAUGAUACCAGUGACAGCAAUGCACAGCCCUGGCAAAGAGAUUCAUUUGAGAUAUGUAGAGCGCUAUUUUAUUUUGUUGUACCUGUGCUUGGUGGGAAGCAGCGGUUGAGGGAUUGCUCAGUUUGAACUCAUCACUCGUAAGGCACUGUAGAAACAUCACUGCAAAUGCAAGCCUGGGUCUGGAUAACCUCUGAUUGUCUGCUGAUAAUAUCAAAUCAUUCCAGGGGUGUGAUGCUUUAAGAAGAAACCAUGCCACUUGUUAAGAGGAACAUCGAACCCAGGCACCUGUGCCGCGGCGCCCUGCCGGAGGGCAUCACCAGCGAGCUUGAGUGCGUCACCAACAACACGCUGUCUGCCAUCAUCCGACAGCUCAGCAUCCUGAGCAAGCAUGCCGAAGAUAUAUUCGGGGAGCUGUUCAAUGAGGCCAAUACCUUCUACCUGCGAGCCAGCUCUCUCCAGGACCGCGUGGACCGGCUGGCUGUGAAAGUGACCCAGCUGGACUCCACCGUGGAGGAAGUCUCCCUCCAGGACAUCAACAUGCGGAAAGCCUUCAAGAGCUCCAGGACCCAGGACCAGCAGGCUGUGUCAAAGAACAGCAUUCCCAACCCUGUGGUGGAGAUCUACAACCAGAGUGACAAGCCCCCGCCCCUCAACAUCCUGUCUCCUUACAGAGACGACAAGAAAGAUGGCCUCAAGUUCUACACAGAUCCAUCGUAUUUCUUUGACCUCUGGAAGGAGAAGAUGCUGCAAGACACUGAGGACAAGAGGAAGGAGAAGAGGAGGCAGAAGGAGCAGAAGCGUGUAGACGGCUCCAGUACUGGCACUGGCACCUCCCGGGAGGUGAAGAAUGUUCGGAAAGCCCGGAACAGGCGGCAGGAGUGGAAUAUGAUGGCGUACGACAAAGAGCUCAGACCUGACAACAGGCUGUCUCAGAACAUCUACCAUGGCGCGUCUUCAGAGGGAUCUAUGUCCCCAGAUAAUAGGUCUCAUGGGUCGGAUAUCACUGAUUUUUCCUACCCUGCCACUCCGAGCCACUCUGCCCACCUCAACCAUCUUCAGCAGCAGCAGCAGCAGCAGCAGCAGCAGCAGCAGCAGCAGCAGGCGGCUAUAGCAGCCCUAGCAGCCUCCUACCUGACCGGGGAGAGUCAGCAGCACCUGAUGAAUGCCAGCCAGGCCCUGGAGCAUGACUACCGGCCCUCGGCUCCAGGGUACAAGCAGGGGACCCUGAGCCGGCCCCAGCAGCCCCCUCCUCCCCCCCCUCCCAACCCCGACGGGACCCUCCAUGCAGCUCUGCAGCCCCCACCUGCUGACUACAGCAUGUCCACGGCUCAGAUGAUGGAAUACUAUGGCAUUGCCGGGCCGCCCCCUCCCCCUCCUGCCCCUCUCAUCCCGUCCGCUCAGACAGCCUUCGUCAGCCCCAUGCAAGUGCCAUCUCCUCCCCCCGGCGGGUAUGCCCCGCCUCCUCCCCCGCCUCCUGGACCCAUGGUGGUGGCUCCACCCCCUCCUGGACCACCCCCUCUCCCCCCGCCCAGCUUUACCCAGACUCCCUCCCCCCUGCACGAGGGGAAGAGGCAUGAGGCAAGCAGCCAGCAACCCGCCAGCGACGCACGGAGCGACCUGCUCGCAGCCAUCCGCAUGGGAAUCCAGUUGAAGAAGGGGCAAGAGCAGCGGGAGCAGGAGGCUAAGAGGGAGCCGGUGGGGAACGACGUGGCCACUAUCCUGUCCAGACGCAUCGCCGUGGAGUACAGCGACUCUGACGACGACUCCGAGUUCGAGGAGAACGAGUGGUCGGACUGAGAGCGGAGCAGGAAGGAGCCCCUGGGAGACCUGCGCUCCACACUCCUGACAAACCCGGAGGCACCGCCGGGAUUACUGCUCUAAACAGCGGUCAGAUCAAUACAGCUGAAUAGAACAGCAGUGUAUGCAAAUAGAAAACCCCAUUUACUAACCAAGCACAAGAUGAACAAGAUGAUAGUGUUAAAGGGUUAUUCAUUUAAGCAGGUCUCCCCUCCCACACUAGCUCCAUACAUCUCAGAUGGCAGGUCAGGUCACCAGAAAGUAGUUUUUUUUUUUUUUUUUUUUACUAGUGCCAACAGUCACCCAAGCCAUCGCCAGCUAAGUAUUGGGCAGUCAAGUGUAGUGACAGACAGGUAUUUGGAUAUCAGUAUUCCUGGUUUUGUUUUAUGAUCUAAAAGUCCAUCUGUCCGUCCGUCCAUCCCCAACCCAGCUACUGUAGAUUGCAUAUGGUUGUUGAAAAUACCCAGGCAUGCAUGUAUCUGUGUAAGGACGCCCUUCUGCAACAAUUGAACAAAGUUUCAGUACAGCGACGAAACAGUGCAAGGCUUCAGUUUUACAGGGUUUCAUAUAAAUGUGUUUUACAAGGUUUGAGAUAAAUGUGACCGUUUUCUUAGCUUUUCUUACUGUAGUUUCACUGUCCGCUUCUGUAAAAGCGCUUGCCCUGAUGAUACAAAAGCGUGCAAGAAAUGAGUUCACUGAGUUAAAUUUGAUUAUCAUGGUGAUUUAUUAUGUAUUUAAUACAGUAGAAUUAUAACUGAUAAAUCGAAAAAUACCAUGUUAAAAAGCAUAUUGAAACAACCCCUGGCUUCUGCCAGCAUCAGGUAGCACCCUUCUAUCAGUGCUGUAAUAUUAAUUCAGUGUAAUGUUGGCAGGCUAUUAAUGAUUAGUGACAGAGUGCUUGAAAUGUUAAGAAAGCCAAUACUCACACUUUAUAGUACAAUCUCUUUUUUCUGUUUUACAGCUAAUCAAAAUCAGCAGUGAAGUGGUGCGUAUGUAGCAUUAUAUAGCCACAGAUGUGUCUAAAUCUUACAAGGGCAUUUCAAUAUUUCAGACGCUGGCUGUUUGUAAGAAACAGACCUCCACUAAAACUCGCUGAGGGAGAAUUUCCUUUAGGAAAGUUAGUUUUUCUUUCAGUAUUAUUUAAUUUGAGAUCAUGCUGGUAAUAACCUGAAGUAAGGUUUGUAUUCUGAGUAUGUACAGCUACAAGGAUUGCAGUUUGCAUGGAUUUAGUUUCACUAAAUGAUCACUAAAGUGCAGAAAGUAAACAGCUGUAGUUUGACACAAAUAAUACAGUGCCUGCUGUAUGGUGCUCUACCCUGUUCAGAGUAUGUGCUGUAAUGGACCAGGGCUCUGGGAGAGCGUCACCCUGCAAUGCUUGCACUGUAUGUGAAGCCCCAAAGGCAGUUUCAAAUGCACAGCUUUGAGCCUUCUUACUGUAAGGAUUGUACUAACGUAAAUGCAAGUGUAUUCUCACAAACUUCUUCUGUAUUCAGUGUUUGUUUUUAAAUCAAUGUAUCUUAAAAAAAAAAAAAAAAAAUCAGUUCUUAAAAGCUUUUAACAAAGUCUGAUCAGCGGUUACCUUUAAAAUGCAUUUUGUUUCCUCUCAUUAGAUCAAACGGAAGGCUUUACAGCUCACGGCCUUGUCGCAGCGGCUGUUUUUAUUUGAUUGUUUUUCUGUUGGAUGUAUAGUUGAUUAUUUAAAAUGUUAUGGUAGAGUUAACGUUUGGGGAAUCUUAAAAAAAAAAACGUAAGAAUGGGCCGCAGUGAAAUGUUAGUCCUUUGACUGGCUUUUUUUAAUUGUAUUUUUUAUUUAGACACAUUACAGUGAGUUGCAUUGUAAGCAGUAUGUUUUAUUUGUGCUUCGAGGCUGUAUUACACAUUUCAAGUGAUCCUUUGUGCAGUAUGAGCUAUCGUCAGCAGCGUUCUUGUCUUCAGGUCAGUGUUUGAUUGUAAAACUGACUCUGAAUCUGUAGAGGUGACUAACAUGAAUAAAUCCCAAUGUAACUUUU